CCCGCCGCCUCCCUCCCUCCUUCCCUGCGGCUCCCCUGGCUUUCGGAGCCCGGGGGCGGCCUGUGGCGCGCGGAGCCCGCGCCGGACUGCGCCUCUUUGGACCUUGAGGGAAAACAUGCGUUUGGCUUGGAUCGUUUUAAAUUCUUAGUUUGGGGUCCACGCCCGCCUGCCUCUCCGCCCCGGGAUUUUUCUGCUUUUUGCUUUUUUGGGUUUUUUGGCUUUUUCCUUUUCUUCCUCCCGGUCUCCUUUUUGACUCCCUCCCCCUUUAUGCUCGCCCAGCCCUCCCCCCGCUGCUGAGAAGUGGGGGAGGGUCUCGGCCUCUAGGUUCCCGCCCCACCGAGGCCCGGGCGAGCAUGGGGGGCAAGCAGAGCACGGCGGCCCGCUCCAGGGGCCCCUUCCCAGGGGUCUCCACCGAUGACAGCGCUGUGCCCCCGCCAGGAGGGGCUCCCCACUUUGGGCACUACCGGACGGGCGGCGGGGCCAUGGGCUUGCGCAGCCGCUCGGUCAGCUCGGUGGCGGGUAUGGGCAUGGACCCCAGCACGGCCGGGGGGGUGCCCUUUGGCCUCUACACCCCCGCCUCCCGGGGGACCGGCGACUCCGAGAGAGCGCCCGGCGGCGGAGGGUCCGCGUCCGACUCCACCUAUGCCCACGGCAAUGGUUACCAGGAGACGGGCGGCGGUCACCAUAGAGACGGGAUGCUGUACCUGGGCUCCCGAGCCUCGCUGGCGGAUGCUCUACCUCUGCACAUCGCACCCAGGUGGUUCAGCUCGCACAGUGGUUUCAAGUGCCCCAUUUGCUCCAAGUCUGUGGCUUCUGAUGAGAUGGAAAUGCACUUUAUAAUGUGUCUGAGCAAACCUCGCCUCUCAUACAAUGAUGAUGUGCUGACUAAAGAUGCGGGUGAGUGUGUGAUCUGCCUGGAGGAGCUGCUUCAGGGGGACACGAUAGCCAGGCUGCCCUGCCUGUGCAUCUAUCAUAAAAGCUGCAUAGACUCGUGGUUUGAAGUGAACAGAUCUUGUCCAGAACACCCUGCGGACUGACCCUGUCGGGCUUGCUUGCCGAAUCCUCUCAAAGGUUUAUUUUAUUUAUUCCAAGUAAAUGCCCAGAACAGCUGAUGAUGUCAGACAAAUCAGGGACAUUUGCUCUUUUACCUUCACCUCAAAACUGAUGGCAAGGGGAGAAGAAAAAGCAAGGGUGAGAGUGAGGCAGAGGGAGUGGUGCCUGGCCCUGCGGCGUGGGUCCAAAUUCCCGGCAUGAUGUUUGGCUUCGGGGGGGCCCACCUGGAUGGAACCACAGACACCCUGGCCAGCCUGCUCUCAGCAGGACACCUGCUGCCACUGUGGGAUGCAGCAGCCAGCCCUCAGCCAGACGGAGCACGGCUGACUUACUCCGAUCCACACAGGGACAGACAGCCCUGUUCCUGAGAGGAGGCUCAUCGGACACUGGGGCAGAGCUGAGUUUGGGACACCAGUGGGAACAGGGCACCUCUUCUGCACUGACUUCCAGAAAACGGUUCUCCCUCUUCCCUGAGGACACCAGAUUGGAUGAGAGCGAGUUGGAGAGAAGAGUGAAAUCACAGCUAUCCUUCCCCUCCCCCCUCAGCCCAGGAGGGAAAGGGCAUUUUCUUUUUCACCUUUGAAAGGCAUUGUGGGUCUGUCUUUAAAGUGUUUACAAAAAAAAAAAAUUAUAUAUAAAAAAAAAAAGUCUAGUGUCGACUGGUGUUUUCCCUCGUGAUGUUUACAGAUUAGCUAUAACCCACUCAGCGACAGAACCAAAUGUGGCCACGUCCUUGCCACUAAUGCUCUGACGGCGGGCUGGCACACACCUUCUCUUCCUUCACCCAGCACCCAGUCAGCUCUCCGUGUCACCAGCCUCUAUCUAGGGGUUAGGUUGCUUUUGUUUUGUUUCUCCCUCCCAUUUUUCUGGCUUGGUUUUGCACUUUUCUCCCCAAGGGACCCUAAUAUCUUGGUUUCAUUGCCCCCCACCCCCUGGCAAAAAAAAAAAAAAUACACCCAUCAAGGACUUUUUUCCACCUCUUCUCCCAUGUCUUCCCCCUUCUUUCCUCCUGGUUCUGGUCAGUUCAGAGGAUUUAACAACCACAAGUGUCCUGCAAAAAUGCCUGAACAUUUUUCUUAGGCCCUUGUGGGUUUUUUCCCCCAGAAAACUAAAUAAACAAAAAACUAAAUAAACAUGUCCCGCUACCCCUGUUUUCAGGCACUCUGAGAACAUUUAGCCAUUGAUGUUCACACAUGGCAUCAGCCCAUGCAAGAUAGGUUUCUGUAUUUAUAUAUUUAAAAAAAAAAACUUAUAAAAUGUUUAAAAAUGUUCAAAGCUUGGGAGAAAAACUUUCUUCAUCAGUCAAGGUGUUUGAUAUGGUAUUAAAAUAAUGUCUAAUAAAAGAUAAACUGUGUGAUGUUAUUUUAAUGAAGUAUUGUUAUACAAUAAAGAAGUGAGGGCCAAGGCCUACCCCACCCCUCACCCACCUCCUUAGUGUUCCUUCAGCCGACUGUUCAGCACUGUGGAUGUGCCAUGGUUCUCAGACAGCUGUACCUGGGUAGAGGGGAAGUGGUGAUUCAGGUGUGCAUCCUACAAGUCUGCUAACCCUUGUAAGCAUCGUGGAACCAAUCUGCCGUCAUCUGUGGAAUGGAGUGGUUAUAACCAAACUUUUCUGGAAAGAUCUGCAGGGGCAAAGAUCUUACAGCCACUGGAGUCUGUAAGGAUGUGAGUUACUCCAGGUACUACCCCAGCCCCUCCAUCACAGCACCUGCUCCCAGUCCCAUGUUCUGCUUGCCUGUUGCUCUAUCCACAUCUUAGUGCUGACUCAUGGGCAUGCUUCAUUGAGGCCCAGGAAGAGGCCCUGAUUUGGGACUGAGCCAGCUUAGAGCCCUUGAACCAGAACCAACCACUCAGGCUCACAAAAGUUGGCAAAUUACAGGCUGGGCAGGACCUCAGGGCAGGGGGCAGCAGUGCAUGCCCAGCCUCUGUCUUUGUGCCAGGCUCCAGCAGCUGCAUUCCAGGGCUUCCUGAAGAGCCAGCCAAGGAAAGCUCUAGAGAGAGCCGAUUCCGAACCUUCUGUGCCCUGUUCCUUCCCAGGCUUGCCCUUGUGCUGUUGCUCAGGGCCUAACCCCACCAGGCCCAGGAGCCUGGACUGCGCUGGUACCAGGGCCCAGCUGAAGUCAUCUGCCCUCAGAUGCUUCCUGAAGCACCCACUCUGUAAGGAUAUUUAUUGCAGGCCAGUGGGCAUGCUCAGAACUGAAAAAGAGUUUGAUUUGUAGCCUGGAUGUCCGUAUUGGAAUCACUUUGGGUGGGAGUUGAUGGCCAUAACAUGGGCUGUCCUCAUUUGAGCUCUCUACCAGUUGGCAAAAUGGUCUUGGGGAAAUGACACCAUUCAUCCAAACUUCAAAUUCCCUUGUAUGAAGUGGGGACAAAAAUCACGCAGUUCUGAGGUCGCCAUGAGGGUCAGGAGAUCUACCCUGAAGGCCUGGCACAUGCACAGCAGGCUUCCUUAUAACUUUGUCACUGCAAAGGGCACUGUUCUAUUCACAGCACCUCCUGCUCUGCCUGGCAACUGUGUCUCCCUGUUCUAUAUUUAAUUCCACCAGCAAAGCUGCCAGGGCAGGGCCUAGCCCUGAAGGAAAUCUCCUUGCUUGACCCUUGGACUUGGAGAUGGAAGCUUUGUGUGCCCACCAUGGCUGUGUGAGCCUGGCUGCUUUGGCAGCACCCCAUGUGUGCUGAGUGGUUGUGAAUUGGGUGGGGCAAGGCUGGGGCCCACGCCGGUACUAUUCCAGGCUCUCAGGGCUGGUGCUCAUCUCCACCCCCAGUGACUUCCGCUCCACCUGGCACACUGCAGCCCUCUGCUGGCUGCACAGUGCUCUGAAUUCAGACCCAGGUUGCCAGCAUCUGGUGUGGAGGUGGGACUGAAGUUGUCGGGCUUCCCAAGUGGAGCUGGUGUUUGUCACCCUCCUGUCCAGACUGCUCUCCAGAAGCCUGUAUUGCCCCUUCUCUGCUGGGGACCCAGCAUGCUUGUGGGAAGGGGCAGCUUCUAAAGAGGAGCCCCUUGUGAAAACCUUUCAUCUUAACAGCCUUUAAUAGUAUUGAACUUUACAGGAGGAUGUCCUUAUUCUUAGGAAGUAGAUGCUGAAUUAUAUACAGAUGAAUGAUUUUUUCAGAAAUGUGUAAUUCCAAAUGGUUCCCCCCGCAAAAAAAAAUAAGGCAAAAAUGUCUGUUGUUGAAUCCUCAAUGGCUGGUAUUUCAUCACUGAACAGUGUACUUGUUCUUUCGACUCUUCUGUAUGUCUGGAAUUUUUCUUAAUAAAAAAUUGUGGGGAAUUGGC